AUGAAGGAGGCGUUCGAACGCGGCAAUGCUUUCACUACGAAUGGACUUUCACGCCUUUUCGAAGGUUGCACCCGACUGGAGGAUCUGCGUCUCGUUUGUCCGUUGGGUGUCCGUACCAUUCCACCUUCCAUCGACAACCUGUCUCGUCUUAGAAGACUUUCCCUCACAGCCCGUGGGAUUCAGCAUCUUCCUGACGCUAUCACCUCGUUGCAGUCGCUUGAGAACCUUGAGCUAAGCAUGAAUAAGCUGCGCAAUUUGCCACAGAAUUUCGGUAGUCUCGUCUCUCUGAAGUCACUGCAGCUGGAGUGCGUUCGCUCUCUACGCUCACUCCCAUCAUCCAUUCAGCAGCUCUCCAAUCUGCACAGUCUUUCCAUCCAAGGCUGCCGGACAUUUCAGUUACCGAGUGGCCUCUCCAAGCUUCGACGACUGAAGGAGCUCGAGUUAAGAGAUUGUGCGAAUCUUUUGCCUCUGCCUGAGGAUUUUGGAGGACUGCCGGCGCUGGAAAUCCUAAGCCUCCUAGUUGUAGAGGGAAUUACGGAGCUUCCAGAGACCGUUGGGCUGCUGCAGCAACUGCAAACUCUUACCAUCAAGAGCUACUCUACUAAUUUCUCGUCGCUGCCCCGGUCCUUGCCUAGUACGUCAUCCCUCACGAGCCUAAACUUGCAGGUGGAUAAUCUUUCAGACCUACCAGAUGGCAUUGGCCGAUUAUCAAAGCUUCAAUUCGUCAAGCUGGCAAGCUUCGGGACUGUCAGCCGUCACGCUCCCAAUGGUCGUCCAAGAAUUUCUUCCUUGCCCGAUGACUUCGGGCAGCUGACUGCGUUGGAAAUUCUGCGUCUGACACUCCUUCCAGAACUCAGACACAUACCAGAAUCCCUCGGACAUCUGCUGAAAUUGCGGGAGCUGGACAUUUCUCAGUGUGCUCAGCUGCAGCAGCUACCCAGCUCUCUUACCCAGUUAUCUUCUCUUCAGAUUUUAAAAGUCGAGUGUUGCCCGGAGUUAACUGCUGUACCAGAGGGCUUGGGGGAUGGGAUGUGCCAUCUUCGUGAGCUGCGUCUAGUUUGCAAAGGCCUAAUCCACGUCCCUGGGUCCUUCUCUCGACUGUCGUCACUUGAAGUAUUACGCCUCGGAUACGCCGAGUGCUUCGGAGGUUGCUUGUCCGAGAGCUUCAACAGCCUUACACGCCUUAGGCACCUCUCUUUAUCAUCCAUCCCGAAUCUAACUUCCCUUCCUACUUCGCUCUCCAGAUUGGCUCUCGCCCUCACAAGCCUGGAAGUGGAUGGUUGCAAGGAGCUGAAAGCAAUACCAGAGGAGUUUGGGCAGUUGGUAAAGCUGAAGAAUCUUGAGCUUUCCAGUUUAAAUGGCUUGGAAUCUCUGCCUCGGUCGUUGUUGAAGCUGCCUCGAUUGGAGGAGCUUGAGAUUUAUGGCUGCAAGAGCCUGGGCAAACGGAGCACAAUGGACGCCUUGGUUGGCGGGAGCAGUGGCGGGAGCAGUGGCGGCGGCAGCAGCAGCACUUUUGAGUGUGUUGAAGCAAGCGUGCUUCUGUCGCUGCAAUUUCUAUGCUUCAUGAAUGUUGCCUCUGAAGCACUUGAUCCAUCAUUGGGUUGUGUGCUUUCAUUGGAGACACUGCGGCUGGAGGGUAUGCCUGCACUUUGUACAAUUCCUGCUAAUAUCUCUCGGCUGUCCAACUUGCAACUCUUGUACAUUACCUACGCCGUGUGCCUCGAAGAACUACCGGAAGCAGUGGGUCGACUCUCGCAACUUGAGUCUCUUCAUUUGGAAGAACUAGGAAGACUGCGGGAGCUGCCCAAGUCGUUUGGGCAGCUGAAGAAGCUCAGGUCACUCUACAUCCAUGGUUGCCCAGAGCUAUACGAGCUUCCAGAAUCAUUUCCCAAACUGCCCAACUUACGAAUUUGCUCGCUCGGCGAUUGCCCGAAAUUGUCAUCCCUUCCACAAGACUUGGGAAACCUGUUUUCCCUCCAGGAGCUUGAGCUGUUUUGUCUGCCAAAUCUCCAUAGACUCCCUGCCUCUUUUCAAGACCUACCCCGGCUGAAGCGGAUGCAACUGUGUGAUUGUGAGCAGCUGGCCCGACCCUCUCUCCACAACCUACCAAUGCUGUAG